CAAAGUAGGGGAAGUGUGAGUUUCGCGGUUCAACUGCUGAGCAAAAGUGGGGGUACAGGAAUUCUUAGAAUUAUAUUCCCCUACACCCCUGUAGGCGGACUUAUAACGUGAUUCGACUGAACUAUACUUUACUGCCCAUAUGUCCACCCUAAAAGCUCCCACUGACCGAUCACCAGCCGCCUACGUACAGUCUCUGGAGUCUGUUGGAGCCAAGGCAAACAUCAAACGUUCCUGGCUCAUGUCUGUUUUCUUGAUAUUUUACAAGUAUAUAAGCAUAUGGCAACAACGCAGUACCAAUUUUGCAUUAAAGUUACAACAAAUCAAAGUUAAUAAUCUUGACAUAAAAAUGAAUAAUUUAAUCAUGAAAUUAAGAAUAACGCUGGUAAUAUUCUCCACCAUUUUGUUCGUCGAUUCUCACUCGAUUAAUAAACGCUCAUCGCCAACUGAAGGCAUGAUAAUUGGACCAGAUACUCCAGUUUACUAUUUAGAAUAUCCAUAUGAUGAUUAUUUGAAAGUUAAUUUUCUUCUGAACAAAUUCGAAGCAUCGCCUUCGUACAACUACUAUCGUAAUCCAAAAAACAAAUCCAACGGCACACUUUUUGUGAAGGUACUAGUCGUCGAAGAUUGGGAUAGUGGACUCGAUCACAGAACAGAAGAAAAUAUUCUUGAAGAAGUUCUGACAAAAUGGAAUAAAGUGGAUAAAUAUUUUGAACAACUUGAUAAUCCUAAAAUAAAAUUGGCUAUUGCUGGAGUCGUCAUACCAACAAAAUCACAUAUAUGGGGAACAACGAUAGUCACUGAGACAAUAAUAUGGCCUGAGAACAACGAUACGUUUACUAUAACCUCUAAUACUUAUCAACUCCCUUCGUACCUAAAUAAUAUGACGAAGUGGUUCAAUGAUAAUGGUGAUCGGUUUGAAGGUCUUAACUAUGAUUUUUUUAUAGUCGUGUCGCGCUGGAAGUUGGUUCUUUCAAACGACGCCAAGUUAUUUUCGACUUACAGCUCGAUGUCAUUUGUCUGUGAUACUAAAAAUAGUCCCAAUUAUCAUUCAGUAGGAGGAAUCGUGUACAAUAAUCGUAAUUUUAUCCAAAAUACAGCCUACACUAUCGCUCGGAUAUUGGGAGUUAACGCAGAUCAAAUAUUGGGAUGUGAAAGUGGUCAUAUAAUGGAUUGGUCCGGAAACCAUAUUGACGGAACUUGGUCUGAAUGUUCUAAAAGAUUCUUUAGAUCGAUGGUCAACAGUAGCAGCGCAUACACUUGUUUGCAUCAAAUACCUUAUGAUCAAGAUGAAGACGAUUACUCGUGAUUUAGUUCAAGCUUUCAAAUAAAAUUUUAUACUUGAAGCGAAAUUCUUUUAGCUUUAGUAAAUAAUCAUGUAC